AUGAAGCUGUUGACCUUUUUUCUCGCUACGGCUGCUGUCGUCCUUGCCCAAGACAGUGUUUCGGCUACUGGAGCUGCCUGUGAGCCUCAUGAAGACCACUGGCACUGUCCUUCAGGCGUAGCAGAGCCUACUACGCCCCCUGCCGAAUCUGCAGAGACCGGUGCCUCAGCGACGGCCACUGCCGCUGUAUCCACUGCAGUCUCGGCGAGCGCUUCAACUACUGAAGCUGCGGCUACGGCUUGCGAACCUCACGGAGACCACUGGCACUGCCCAUCCGGCGUCGCAGAGCCAACGACACCUCCUGCUGCCACAGCCACCGGCGAGGACCACGACGAAGAUGAACAUGACCACGAGGCGACUGCAGCUACUUGUGAGCCCCACGGCGACCACUGGCAUUGUCCCUCUGGUGUGGCCGAGCCAACUACUCUACCUGCUGAGACUGCUGAGACGACUGGCACCGCUUCGACGACGGGAACUGUCUCCAGCGCUGACUCAGCCGAGAGCGCUGCAGCUACGUCUAGCCAAUUCGAUGGCGCUGCGAUUGCAGCUGGUCCCGUAGGAAGCGUUCAAAUGGCGGCCGCUGGACUCUUGGGUCUUCUUGUCUUGUAA